AUGGAAAAUUUAAGCAAUGGCCAAGCCCUGCAGCCAGACAACUCCAGGCGUGUCGGCCUUCCAAUGUUAGAGAAUCCUAAUAGUGUGACGCCAUUUUCAGGAUCUUUGAGUUGCCAGCACUCACAAGCUUCACUCUAUCAAGGCUACAACUUAGAUCCUUCUCAGUUUGUGCAUCCUGAGUAUGGGAGUCUUCAAAGGUAUCCGCAGUCAUCAUUGCUUUCCGGCAUUCAAGGUUAUCCAAAUUUACAUUUCACGGCUUCAGACAGAACGUCAUUGUCCUCAUUCAAUAUUGGUACCCAUACUACACAAACAAAUCCCUUAAUGCUCAUAACUACGAAUAAAGCAGGGAAAGAAUCCAACAUGUCUGCCAGACAUCAAACCCUUCCUAGCUUCAGCUCUGUAUGUGACUUUGCUGUAUCCAAUACACCCUCUCUCCCCAUGACUGGCAUCUUUCAUGACCCGAGAAGAUGUUUUCCCAGCCAGUGUGAUUUCAUAGGUGGAAAUACAACUCCGGUAAAUGCAUUAACAACCAUAUUACCAGUGGAAAAAUCUGGCUUUCCAUCCAUCUCAAAACCUACAUGUAGCCACAGGUUACCAGAUUUGGCCUCACCAGCCAUGAACAGCAGAGUCUUUAAGAACUACUCAAACACUGACAUGACUGGUGAAAACUGCUGUGGAUACCCUUCAGAACACGUCAUGGUUUCAUGGAUUUGUGAAAGUUCAAACAUCAGCUCUUCCUCCGCAGCCCAAGCUAAUGUAACAAUAAGUGAAAACAGUGGCAUGAAGAACUCCAAGAUUCUACAAAACAAGAACCUGGAGAUGUCCACAAUUCAAUCCUAUGAUGUGCAGUCUGGUUUGAUGCUCAAAACUCUACCAUAUGACAACCCGCCAGGCCUUUUCCAUCAUGCCAUGACUCACGGUGCAGGUGUCUCUUCAGCACAAGCAAAUUCAAAUGGACAGGACAACCCCUUGGGGACAAUGGGUUCAAGGGCCUGUUCACCUACUUGCAGAGCAUCAUGCUCUACUUCUGAUGAUAUGCUGCAGGUGCAAGAAACCCUUCAGUCGGUGAAACGUAAUCCUAACAACCAUCAACAUUUCCAAUCAUUUCCUUCUUUCACAGACUCCGAACCCGAUUCAAAUAGUAUUUCUCCAAGAUUACAUCAGGGAAUGAUAAGUCCAGAUUUGAAUGUAGCUCAAGAAAAACCGUUGAAUUUCUUCUUGGGAAGACAAGAAAGUAAAAGUACAGAAGUGAAACAGGAUGGUCUAAAUCAAGGUGAAAUUGGCAGUAUAAGGAGGCAUUCUCUGUGGCAUCAGAACAUGACCUCUGGGAAACCAGUUACUGAUGCUGAUACAAGAAGAGAAAACUGUGUUUAUGAAUCACCAAAUGAAGGUCAAGAAUUUGAUGAAUCUAUUGGAGGAAGUUAUAAUGCAGACACUCCUGUACAGACCAGGACUGCUGAGUGCCCAGGUGAUGAAUUUUGGAGGGACGCUGGAGAUCCUUCAGUCGAAUGCUCGUUGGUAGGGGACAUGGUGGAACACGUAUCCACUGAGGACACCAUGGCCUCCACAGACUCCACACUACCUCUGAUAACUUCUUCAGACAACGCCAGCAUCCCCUCAGUUCCCGAAAGCUCUGGGGGGAAGGCUGAAAAUGAAACUGGUACGUUGCUGGAGGAAUUGUGUGGCAAUGGUGUUGAAAAAAACAGUACAUCUGCUGAAAAGUUUAUGAAUGAGAAUAUGCAGGUAACCUCAGAUGCACGAGUUGUCAAUGCAGAAAGCUCUGAACCAAUUCCUCAAGAAGCUGAAAGCACCACAAAAGGUCUCGUCAAGAAAUCUGUAAACAAAGUUAAACGUGAUGUCCAGAUUGUGAUCGACAAUUCUCAAUUUGUCAUGGAGGGUGACAGUAGGAGGUGGCAGUGCACACUGUGUGAGAAAUCUUACACGACCAAAAACAACUUGGUGAUUCAUAUGUUAGAUCAUCAGGGAGUGAAACCGCACAAGUGCUUGACCUGUGGUCAGUCCUUCAGACAGCUUGGCCAUCUGAAUACGCACAUCCUCACCCAUGACAACAUUAAACCUCACACCUGUGAGACGUGUGGGAAGAGUUUCACCCAGGCCUCCCACCUUAAGAGACACCAGAUCGUUCAUGGACGCACAUCAAAUGUCUGUGACAGAUGUCAGCGAACAUUCACAUACCCCAGUGAUCUUCAAGCGCAUAAAAAACGAUAUGGGAAGAAACCAUGCCUUCCUCAAUGCUCCCAUAGGAUCUCUGCUGUACAGGCGCCAGCUUUACCUGACCAGCACAGAUCAGGGCAAGAUGUUAGGCGGGAAGUUCAAAGUUGUAGGCAGUGCGAUCAAGUUUUCAAGUCCACGAAUGAUUUGAGGCGUCAUAUGUUGUCUCACGGCAGUGAACGGCCAUAUGAGUGUUCUGAUUGCGGAUUGAAGUUUUCAAAGGAUCGUUACCUGAGAGCCCAUCAGCUCACUCACUCUGGAGUCAAACCAUUUAAGUGUGAUGUUUGUGGGCGGGGAUUUCACCAGAAAGCCAACAUGGAGAGACAUCAACUAAUACACAACUCCAGCCGUGCCUUCGAGUGCGAAGUCUGUCGCAAGAGCUUUACACAGCUGCAGAUUUUGAAAGCUCACCAGGUCACCCAUAGCAACAGGAAACCUUUCCGUUGUCAACUUUGUGGGAGGGAAUUUUCUCGACUUUACAAUCUCCGAGGACACAUGCAUGUUCAUGAUAACUCCAAACCUUACUCCUGUUUUUGUGGUAAUUCCUUCACUCUGCGAGGAAACUUAACCCGGCAUAAAAAGGUGAAACACGGACUGGAUGAAACCACUGAAAACAUGGAAGAAGAGGCUGUACAGUUGUUGAAGUCUUUCUCAGAAAGAGCCAGAGAGGAGCAGAAUCCAAUCAGCAACAAUUUGAAUGAUCUGACAAAUGUCUCGGAAGACAAGGACAAAAAAGCUGAGGCUUGCUUGAACAACGGUGAUUCAAGCAAAAUUAGUGUUUCACUUCUAGAAACAGAAAAUGGAAGUCAAAUUUCAAAUGGUAGGUUAAACUCAAGGUGUUUCACUAAAGGUGUUUUAGGGUUGCGAGAAAUAUCCCCCAGUAACAAAAUGGAAUGGUCCAUGUGUGGUAAAACGGACAGACGACUGAGUAACAACGUAAAUGUGAUCUUACACAUACAAACGGACAGACGGAAGGCAAGAUCUGGAGAAAGAAACCGUCUGGAAGGCAACUUUAUAAGAACGGAGUCAAAUGGCUCGUCAACACUAUCUCAGUCCUCACAGCUAGGUUCUGAGAAGAACAAAUUAAACGAUCAAUAA